AUGGCUGAGGUUGUUAGGCUUGUAGCAUCCGCCAACGCUCGUGGCCCUACCAGUGGAUUUACCGAUGCUGACGACGAUGCGGUACAACUACCACUGGACUACGACAGACAAGGGUCGAAAAUUUUCCUGCCAUUGAGGGUGGGUGCUUUUACUUUACAGCACCGGAUCGUUCAUGCUGCGUUGGGUAGAAGCAGAAGCAUCUACGGUCAGGAAAGUCCUUUGGCUGUCAAGUACUUUGAGCAGCGAGCAACUCCUGGCGGCUUGAUCAUUUCCCAGGCCACUGGUGGUAAGCCCGAAUGGAGUGCAUGGCCCUUCUCUGCUUCAAUUCACAGCGAGAGUCAGAUAAAGGCGGUACGCCAGAUCACCGAAGCUGUACACAAAAAGGGCGGCAUCUGGUUCCAACAACUGACGCAUGUGGGUCGCUGUACAUCCCCAGCUCUUGUCAAACUCGCUUGGGAGAGGGCUGGGCAUUCCAAGCCGCCUGAUUACGGUUACAAAGCAUUUGCGCCCUCGGCUAUUGGUGAAUCAGGGGUCUGCACGCACUCGGGAGAGCCAUUUGGUGUUCCUCAUUCUGUAUCCUUGGAACAGAUUAAAGAAAUCCGUGAAGACUUCCAAAAUUCAGCACGAAAUGCAGUCAGGGCCGGGGCAGAUGGUAUUGAGAUACUUUCCGGAAAUGGAUUCCUACUUGAUCAGUUCUUGCAUGACAACAUCAACCAACGAACAGAUCAGUAUGGAGGAUCAGUGGAGAACCGGUCGAGGUUUACUCUAGAAAUCGUUGAUGACAUUGCACAAAUCGUCGGUCACCAAAAGAUUGGCGUGCGUCUCAGUCCGUUUUCCAACUUCCACGAAACGGAUGGGUCCCAACCUCUAGCCCAGAUACUCCACUUGGCUCGCGAACUUGCUCUCCGUGGAGUUGCGUACAUACACGUCGGGGAAGCGCGUGUGUCGAGAAACCUGGGCAUUGAGGAGAACCUACAGCGACUUGCACACAAAGGCAUACCUCCAGAAGAUAUCUCUCUCCGCCCUUUUCAUAAGUUGUUGCAGGAGACUCGGCCGACGAACCCUUCCGAUGCACCAACGGUACUUUUUGGUGCCGGAGGCUAUACAUCGGCCACCGCGAUCUUAACUGUUGAUGGCGACUUGGCCGAUGCAGUGGUGUUUGGCAGGCGAUUCAUCUCCAAUCCUGAUCUGGUCAAUCGGCUCCGGCUUGGGGUGCCUCUCACACCUUACGAUCGUGACACUUUCUACACCCACGGGUCCAAGGGCUACAUCACAUAUAAGACCUACAGUGAAGGAAAUAUUGACGAGGACGUUGACAGUACCACAAAUGACACUUCUUACGGAACCACAAGCAGUGUCAACGGCCAUCACAAACCCAAGACGGUAGCCAUCAUUGGAGCCGGGGUAUCUGGCAUCGUAUCAGCUAGCGCCUUUCAGAGGUUGGGCGACGAGUUCGAGAUCCACGUAUUCGAACGGAAAUCGGAUCCUGGAGGUAGCUGGGCGUACGACCCAAUUUCCAACGUCAUUCCGAUAUUCCCUGCCUCUGACCCGGACGUGAUUAAUCCUCCACUUCCUCGACCAAAGGCCAAGCUUCCAGUUACAACUGCCAGAAAUAAACAACAGCGUUUCACUUCCAGUCCUCUCUACGAGAGCCUUUAUGCCAACAUCCCCUAUAACGUCAUGUCGGAAAAUUCAUCCAUCAAGCUUCCUAAUCCAAAACUGGAAUCAGCUCCCUAUUGUUCAGCCGACCAGAUUUCGGAAGCUGUGGUAACAGCCGCGCUUCGGUUCGAGAAGUUGAUCCGGUACAACACCACUGUCGAAGCCGUGGAGAAAAUCGAAAAUAAGAGAUUAAGAUUAACUCUCAGGACCGAGAACCCCAAUGACACGGAUACAUGGUAUGAGGAAGAAUUCGAUUUUUUGAUUGUGGCCACGGGUCAUAAUUCCGUCCCCCACGUACCGGCAAUACCUGGGCUGAAUACGUGGAAAGGACAGCUCUCUCACACGACGACUUGGCGUUCUGGAAAGGAUUUCUCCGGUAAGCGUAUUCUGGUAGUUGGCAGCAACGAAAGUGCCAUCGACGUGACUUUGCAAAGUUUACCAUACGUCCAAUGGCCAAUCUACGUCUCUCAACGAACACCUCACCCUCGCUUCCCCACUGUCUUCACACGAAAGGGGGUGGAAGUUCUCCCAACCAUUGAAUGUAUUGAGGGAGGUACCAUUCAUUUUUCCGGAGGACAAGCUCUCACGUCGAUCGACACCAUUGUUUUUGCGACUGGAUAUUUCUACACCUACCCGUUCCUCAAGCACGUCCGACCAUCGGUACCGGGGGGACAGCGAGUGCCAGGGUUGUAUCAGCAUGUCUUCGACAUGUACAACCCAAAUAUCGCCUUUAUUGGUGUCGCAAAUGGAUCGCUUUCUUGGCUGACCUGGGAGAAGUCGGCAUUCCUAAGUGCGCUUCUCUGGUCUGGGCGUAUCAAGUUGCCUCCAAUCGAAGAACAGAAGAAAUGGGAGGCGCGUCGACUUGCAGAAACAACUUCCAAGGAGAAGAUGUUCCAUAUCCUGGCAAAACCGAGCGAGCGCGUCAUCUACUUUGACGAGCUCAACGAACUAGCCGCUGACUAUCUCCACACAGACGCACCUGACGAUGAACUGUUAAGGUCUUUUCCUUGGGAUUGGAUCGUAUCUUUAGGCACCGGAGCAGCUCGGAAGGCUCAGUACUAUGGCGUUGAGGUUUGA